AUGGCAACCAAUCGUCAUCAUCUUCUUCAUCAUCUUUGGCUAUCUGGAAACAUUCCAUGGUCAGCUCGACUGGUUUGCUCUCUGGUCAUCCUGUAUGUCUUUCGUUUUCUGAAUUUUGCCAUUGCCAGCUAUGAUCCUGAUGGUUACGGAAAAAGUUUCCCUAAAAAGUUCGUCUACCUCAUCGAAAAAGGUGAAACUUUAAGAGUUAGUGAUUUUGAUGGAAAAUGUAAAAGUUGGCAAUUCAAUGAACAGUCUACCUAUCCAGACUAUAGCCCGUUCGGAUCGAACGAAGAGAAAUCAUUUGAAAUCUCCAGUGCAACUGCUGGAGAUGCCGGAAUAUAUACGUGCAUAAGGGAUGAAAAUGAUAAUACAACAUUUGAAAUAAAUGUGAUAGACAAAUUUGAAGUUAGUUCGAAUCGUCAGAAUGUUUUGACCGGUAUUGGCCCGUGCAAUGAAACUGAAAACCUGACGUUUAGCUGUAAUGCUGAAUAUUAUGGGCCUACAGACCUCAAGCUCGUUUGGAUUUUAAAAAAAAGCACGACGAAUCCCAAAAAUGGCGUGAAUCAUUUUAAACGGAAAAUCAAACUGACGCCAGAUUCUCGGGAUUUUGACAUAAAAGAAUAUAUAAUACACAAAAAUGCGUCGGGCGGCGUGAUUGUGCAGAAACUGAUAAAGGCCACCACCUUCAAAUACAGAAGGGAAUCCCCGCCUGUCACAUGCUUUGUGGGGAAUCUCGAAACAGACAAGAAUUUAUUCUGUAUCUUGACAAACGAAAGCUUGUACCCCAUAGAUAUCAUUAAAUAUAAAAAAGCUCCAUCUAUAUUCUUGGUCGAUAUUAAGCUAACAGAAAUAGUAAAAGUCGACAGCAACAAGGAUAACACGGACCCUGAUGCUUAUGAAUGUAUUGUGCAAUCCAACGUUCAUUGCAACAAUAUUGCAACGAAUGGCCAGGAUGUUGGAAGAAUUGUGACUCACUGUCUCUGUGAAACUGUUUGCUAUUUCGGCAUGGAUACAUGCUCCUUCAACGUCAGCCAGAGAUUAUUUUCCACAUCGAAGAUCACAGCAACAUCCACCCUAGAGAUUAAUGGACAGGCUAUUCAUUCCACGCAGACGACAAUUCUGACGCUUGCGAUGUGUGUGGUCAUCGUCCUCAUCGUCAUCAUCAUCAUCAUCGCCAUCUUUCAAUGUUGGCUUUGUUGCAGACGAUACAACGACCAACCUGAUAUAGAAUCCAAAUCUGAUAACUUCGAAGGAAAUAACGAUUCUGGAAACUAUCCGACGCCUGCCAUUUUCCAGUUUUUGAGGUGGUGA